ACCCAACCCAUGUGAAACCCUAAACACCCAUUCUUCAUUCUUCUGCAGCCUUUAGCUCUACCUUCCGCUCCUUCACAUCCUAUCUCUUCCGCACCAAAUCCACCAUUUCUGGUCUUCUUCUAGCACCCUUCACCCCCACCAGCUGCACCCUUGAGAUGCUUCAUGCUUGGAAGCUCCUGAGCCCUGAAGAGAAAGCAAAAUACACUACUUCAUGGUUGUUAAUAUGAUUUUACAGAUUAUUUUGCAGUUUGAACAUUUUGAUGAUUUUACUUUGGCUUCUACAUGGGAAAGUCUGGUUCUGUUGUAAGGAGCUGACGGAUCCAGCUUUACUUUGAUACAGCCAUACAGGUUCAUAUCUGAGAUAGAGGCAGUUUGCAGUCAAUGGUUGGCAGAUGUCCCUAGAAAUUUAUUGAGUAAUAGUCAUCUAGAUCAACUCUACAAAGAUGAUGUUUUGCUGCUGCUGGGUUGUUGGAUUAUUUAGUUAAGACAUUUAAUCAGUUCCCCGAAUACUGCUUGAUUUCCACUGUGUCGUUUUUCUAUUCAUUUUAAUGGUUGAUGCCUUUAUAUUCAAACCUUGUUGAAGGCCCAAUCUCUCAAUCACUUUGACAACGAAGGAAAUGUGUCAGUUUCUGAGAUCCAUUUUGCAUUCUGAAAUUUAACACCUUAACGACUGCAUCAAAUCUUAUAAAGUGCUUCAUUGAAUCGUUUGGUCACUGAUGUGGCCUUUAUAUGUUCUCUUCAACAAGUUUUUGGGACCGCAAGAGGAAAAUGUUCAUGGACCGGAUGUGAGCAAUUUGAGUUUUAACAGUUCCUUCCCUUUUAUUCAGUUACCAAAUGGAAAUGUUUACAACAGUAUGGUUGUCUCCCGAUCAUUUUCUGUUGAAGUUCCGCACAUCAACCAACUACAUACAUGGGAUUGCGGUCUUGCCUGUGUUGCGAUGGUUUUGAGAACUCUUGGCUUCAGUGAUUGUAAUGUUAUAGAACUAGAAGAGCUAUGUUGCACGAGAAGCAUUUGGACAGUUGAUCUUGCAUAUUUGUUGCAGAAAUAUUCUGUCGAUUUUUACUACUUUACAGUCACACUAGGAGCAAACCCCAAGUUUAGUGUGGAGACGUUUUACAAGGAACAAUUACCUAGUGAUCUGGUCCGUGUGAAUACGCUGUUUCAAAAGGCACGGGAAGCUGGCAUUGAUAUUGAGUGCAGGUCAAUUAGCAAAGAAGAGAUGUCCAUAUUAAUCUUGUCGGGAAACUAUAUUGCAAUUGCUUUAGUUGACCAAUACAAGUUAAAUCAUUCUUGGCUGGAGGACCUUUGUGUUUCGAGCUUUUGUAGCAACAGGCCUGGGUAUACUGGUCACUAUGUUGUCAUUUGUGGCUACAAUGCAGACACAGAUACAUUUGAGAUUCGAGAUCCAGCAAGUUCAAGGAAACAUGAAAGGGUUACUUCAAGGUGUCUAGAAGAGGCUCGUAAAUCGUUUGGCACUGAUGAGGAUCUACUACUGGUACGUUGCCAUUAGUAAUUAUUAACCUGCUCGAAGUUGAAACCCGCAUUUGUGAUCGUAUGAUAAAUUACUUGAUGUUUUUUGGUGAACAUUCGUUUGGAGAAAGAGAAUCCAAACAGCCCCUUGUCGUUCUUAACUUCACACGAUUGCUGAUAUCCAGUGUUUUGCGGCAGAUUCAUUUGUAUUACAUAGAAGAAUGUGUAAUUUUUCUUGUAUAUUUAUGGACAUUUAGGUAUAUAUAUUAGCAUAAAACAGUUAUUCAUACAAAACAAGUGAUACAUAAUACUUUGUUAUAGAUGUUCUUAAAUAAAUGCCUUUUCAUUAUCAAAA